CCCAUAAAUUUUCCCUUUGUUUUCUUCCAACGUCCUUUACGUGAAUCUCUGUAAAUCUAUCUCUUAAAUAAGUAGUGCAUAAAACCCCACAAGCAUUCUCACAGUCACAGCAGUCUCUAAACCUCAAUGGCCCAGAUGGGUUUUCUCUGCCACUACAUUCUCUUUGCUUUCCUUUCUUACUCUGCUCACUCCCGCAACUUACCGGCGGCCACCACCACCUCCAAAACGACGGUUCUCGACGUUGCCGCUUCCAUUCAGGAGGCCCUAAACGCCAUGUCGUCCGAGCACUACUCUUACAGUGGAGCCACUCAGUCAUUGAGCCAAGAACCCCAAACCUUGUCAGUUUCAUCUUCACUCUCUCUUCAGCUACAUUCCCGAAUUUCACUCCACCAGCAUUCUCACAACGACUACAAGUCGCUCACUUUGGCUCGACUUGGGCGCGACUCCGCCCGCGUCAGAUCUCUAACCACCAGGUUAGAUCUGGCGGUUAGAGGCAUUGCCACGUCGGAUCUCAAACCCGUCGAUACCCAACAUUUCGGUACCGACGGGUUCGAGAGCCCCGUGGUUUCGGGGACGAGUGAGGGCAGCGGCGAGUACUUCUCCCGAGUCGGAAUCGGCAAACCGCCCAGCCAGGUCUACGUGGUGCUCGACACGGGCAGUGACGUCAGCUGGGUCCAAUGCGCGCCGUGCGCCGACUGUUACCAGCAAGCCGACCCCAUUUUCGAGCCGGAUUCCUCGGCUUCUUUCGCGCCGCUGUCGUGCGAGACCCGGCAGUGCAAGUCCCUUGACGUGUUCGAGUGCCGCAACAACACGUGUCUCUACGAGGUGGCCUACGGCGACGGCUCCUACACCGUCGGCGACUUCGUGACGGAGACGAUCAGCAUCGGCGCCGAGUCGGUGAAAAACGUUGCCAUUGGAUGUGGGCAUAACAACGAAGGACUGUUUGUCGGUGCGGCUGGCUUGCUCGGGCUCGGCGGGGGGCCGUUGUCGUUUCCUUCCCAGCUCAACGCCACGUCGUUUUCGUAUUGCCUCGUCGACCGUGACUCUGACUCGGCCGCGACUCUAGAAUUCAACUCUGCAAUCCCUCGCAACGCCGUCACGGCCCCGUUACGGCGCAACCCCCAGCUCGACACUUUCUACUACGUCGGACUGACCGGAAUCAGCGUCGGCGGAGAUAUGCUUAAGAUUCCCGAUACGGCGUUCCUGAUAGACGAGAACGGAGAUGGCGGAAUCAUUAUCGACUCCGGCACGGCGGUGACCAGGCUCCAGACGGACACCUACGACGCGCUCCGCAGCGCGUUCGUGAACGGCACGAAGGGGCUGCAGUCCACGAGCGGCGUGGCGCUGUUCGACUCGUGCUACGACCUGUCGUCGAAGAAGAGCGUGGAAGUACCAACGCUGUCGUUUCACUUCGAGGACGGGAAAGUGUUACCGUUGCCGGCGAAGAAUUACCUGAUUCCGGUGGACUCGCAGGGGACGUUCUGCUUUGCGUUCGCGCCGACGAGCUCGGCGCUGUCCAUAAUCGGAAACGUGCAGCAGCAAGGGACACGUGUCAGUUUCGACAUAGCUAAUUCGAUGGUUGGAUUCUCUCCCGACCAAUGCUAGGAAACUAUGGUCUUGACUUUUGACCAUUUUCUUCUACCUGGGUUUUUUUUUUUUUUUUUGUAAGUUCAUUGCCUCCCUGUUUAGUUGUCUGUCCAUGUUACCAAGCAACAAUAUUGGACCACUACUGCUAAGGAGGUCUGCUAGUUCGAUUUUCUUUUGGUGUUUUUCAUUUAAUUAUUAUCAAUACAGAGUAAUGUAGAUGCCGCUUCAGGGUUCAAUCCCCCUGCCAUGCCAUGUAGCAAAAAUUUGUGCUAAUUGAAAAGUUAU